AUGGUGGCUGAUGGUUAUCUACAUCAGCCACUUCCUUCUGAAGGCGAGGCAAAUAGGAAAAAAAAGCAAUUUGAACCGGUGAGUUACCUUAAAGCGCAACGAAGUUCAAGUCCUUCAACUCCUAAUACAAUGGAACUUCGCUGCCGGUUCCUGUUGCUAUUAUUGGCAAACUUCCUCUUUGUAGCUCACCAGUAUCACAUUGGUAACUUUGCUGCUGAAGCUACAAUAGUUGUUGUGGUCACCAAUGUCACGUAUCAAGAUCGAAUAGCCGCGUUCGGUCCACGUCUGACCGAAGAAGGAUUCGCCGGUUUCAUCGUGCCGGUCGAGAAGCUCGAAGAAAAAAAUGUGAAAGGUUGCAGUAAACUGAAAAAUGAGGUCAACCAGAAAAAUUGGAUAGCCCUUGUCGAACGCGGUCAGUGUUCUUUCAUCGACAAAGUUCGGAACAUGCAAGAAUCAGGUGCCGUUGCCGUGGUGGUUGGGGAUAAUGAGCAUAACGGGCUGAUAACGAUGUAUGCCACUGGGGAUACAUCUGAUGUGAAGAUUCCUUCGGUGUUUAUUGCCCAAACUGAAUACCGAGCUCUUCGAUCCCUCUCGAUGAUGGUCAACAAACCUCUGGAGGUACAACUCAUUAAAGAUGAUCUUUUUCAGUGGCCUCUGUUGGACAUUAUCAUUUUCGUGAUUCUAACACCAACCGUGAUGAUGAUCUUUAUAUAUAUCUGUUGGCGCGUCCGCCAACGUCAGAGACGUAAACAGGACAUUGCACCACAGCGAGUUGUUGGAAACUUACCCACGAAGAUAUUUUAUGAAUCCAAGAGGGAAGAAAAUGAUCCGCAAGAAUGUGCAAUCUGCCUGGACGAAUACAUUGACGAAGAUGAGCUGAGGAUCAUGCCGUGCAAGCACGAAUUUCAUGUUGCUUGUAUCGAUAGCUGGCUAACCACAAGGAAAAAAUUCUGCCCUUUCUGUAAGAGAGAUAUCUGUUCGCCGACGGAAGAAACCCCAUUAUUAGCAAAUGCUGAUCCAUCUCCUUAA